GAGAGUAGGGCAGUGUCAGAAAGCCAGAGGAGGGAGUGGAUACAGAGAAUGAGGGAGGGUUAGAGGAGGAGGAGGAGUUAGUGUGUGAACGAUGAAGGGAUAGCCUUGAUGAAAUCAACAGCUUGUUCACUGGUCGGACUUUCCCAAGACUGCAUGGUGGUCUGCACGUCUCACACACUCCCCGUCGGACACACACGCACGGCUGUAGCCGGGACUAACGACACACACCACGGGUAGAUGAAGAAGCAGAGAAGAUGACGUUGUUUGGGCUGGACUGUGCCAAGAAGAAAGAGAGAGAGUUGGAGAGGAAACUGAGGGCAAACGACAGAGAGCAUAACCUCUCCUUCAGAUAUGCGACCAAUGCCAUUAAGACGUCCAAAUACAACGCGUUCACCUUCCUGCCCCUCAACCUCUUCGAACAGUUCCAGAGGAUAGCCAACGCUUACUUCCUCAUUCUGCUGCUACUCCAAGUGAUUCCUGCCAUCUCCUCUCUGUCCUGGUUCACGACCGUAGUCCCUCUGGUCCUGGUGCUGUCUGUGACUGCUGCUAAAGAUGCUACCGAUGACAUAAACCGCCACAGGAGUGACAACCAGGUGAACAACAGGAAGGUCACAGUGCUCAUGGAUGGAGAACUACGGAGUGAGACAUGGAUGGCUGUUCAGGUGGGCGACAUCAUCAAACUGGAAAACAACCAGUUUGUUACGGCAGACCUGUUGCUGCUCUCGAGUAGUGAACCUCUCAACCUGGUCUACAUAGAGACUGCUGAACUUGAUGGAGAGACCAAUCUAAAAGUGAAGCAGGCUCUGACAGUAACAGGAGACAUGGGAGACAAGAUCCACAGCCUGGCUGCUUUCAAUGGGGAGGUGCGCUGUGAGCCACCCAACAACCGGCUGGACCGUUUCACAGGAACAUUGACAAACGCUGGUCAGAAAUACUCUCUGGACAACAACAAGAUCCUGCUGAGGGGCUGCACCCUCAGGAACACAGAGUGGUGCUUCGGACUGGUGCUGUUCGGAGGUCCAGAGACUAAACUGAUGCAGAACUGUGGGAAGACCACGUUCAAGAGGACCAGCAUUGACCGCCUGAUGAACGUGCUCGUCCUUUGUAUCUUUGGCUUCCUGGCGUUCAUGUGCAUGAUCCUGGCCAUCGGCAACCGGAUCUGGGAGCAACGCUGGGGGUCAGAGUUCACGGCCUUCCUGCCCAGACAGGACGGAGUCGACACUCCCUUCUCCUCCUUCCUCACCUUCUGGUCCUACGUUAUCAUCCUCAACACAGUCGUACCCAUCUCCCUCUACGUCAGUGUGGAGGUCAUCCGUCUGGGCAACAGUUUCUACAUCGACUGGGACAGGAAGAUGUACCAUGCCAGUAGUGACACCCCGGCCAAGGCCCGGACCACCACCCUGAACGAGGAGCUGGGUCAAAUCAAAUACAUCUUCUCGGACAAGACCGGAACACUCACUCAGAACAUCAUGACAUUCAACAAGUGUUCCAUCAACGGGAAGUGCUACGGAGAUGUAUUUGACUACACUGGCCAGAGAUUGGAGAUCAACGAGCACACAGAGACAGUGGACUGGUCCUUCAACCCUCUUGCUGACCAUCAAUUCUCCUUCCAUGACCACUCCCUGGUGGAGGCUGUAAAGCUGGAGAAUGUGGAGGUCCACUCCUUCUUCAGAACACUGGCCGUCUGUCACACUGUUAUGGCUGAGGAGAAGACAGAGGGUGAGUUGCUGUACCAGGCCCAGUCACCUGACGAAGGUGCUUUGGUAACCGCAGCGCGCAACUUUGGCUUCGUGUUCCGCUCGCGCACGCCAGAGAGCGUCACUAUCGUAGAGAUGGGAAAACAACGCAGCUACGAGCUGCUCGCCAUCCUCGACUUCAACAAUGUCCGCAAGAGGAUGUCCGUCAUCGUGCGGAGUCCAGAGGGGAAGCUGUGUCUGUAUUGUAAAGGAGCAGACACCAUGGUCUAUGAGAGGCUGCACCAGUCCUGUACCAAGCUGAUGGACACCACCACUGAACACCUCAACGAGUAUGCUGGUGAGGGCCUGCGGACCCUGGCUUUGGCCUAUAAGGACUUGGAUGAGGAGUAUUUUAGCAGGUGGAAACAGCGCCAUCAUGAGGCCAGCACAGCCCUGGAGGACCGAGAGGACAAGCUAGACCUGCUCUAUGAGGAGAUAGAGAAAGACCUGGUGUUGCUGGGGGCUACAGCCAUAGAGGAUAAGCUCCAGGAUGGUGUGCCACAGACCAUCGAGCAGCUCGCCAAAGCUGACAUCAAGAUCUGGGUGCUCACCGGCGACAAACAGGAGACGGCGGAGAACAUUGGCUACUCGUGCAACAUGCUGCGUGAGGAGAUGAACGACAUCUUCAUCGUGUCGGCCAACAACCCGGAUGAUGUCAGACAGGAACUGAGGAAUGUAUUGAGCACCAUGAAACCAGGUGCAGAGGAGGAGGCCAUCUUCAUGCCAGAGAGGACGCUGGGUAACAAGCCGAAGGUGGUCAGGGACGAGGAGGUGAACGGGGAGUACGGCCUGGUCAUCAACGGACACAGUCUGGCCUAUGCCCUGGAGCAUAGCAUGGAGCUGUUGUUCCUGCGUGCAGCCUGUCUGUGUAAGACAGUGAUCUGCUGUAGAGUGACACCACUACAGAAAGCCCAGGUGGUUGAGCUGGUCAAGAAAUACAAACAGGCUGUCACUCUGGCCAUAGGAGACGGGGCCAAUGACGUCAGCAUGAUUAAAGCUGCUCAUAUAGGUGUAGGUAUAAGCGGUCAGGAAGGGAUGCAGGCGGUUCUGUCCUCAGACUACUCCUUCGCUCAGUUCCGCUUUCUCGAGCGCCUCCUGCUGGUCCACGGCCGCUGGUCCUACCUGAGGAUGUGUAAAUUCCUGCGCUACUUCUUCUACAAGAACUUCACCUUUACCUUCGUUCACUUCUGGUACGCCUUCUUCUGCGGCUUCUCAGCACAGACGGUCUAUGAUGAGUGGUUCAUCACUCUGUAUAACCUGGUCUACACAGCACUUCCUGUACUGGGCAUGAGUCUGUUUGACCAGGAUGUGAAUGACAUGUGGAGUUUCCAGCACCCCAGUCUGUACGUUCCAGGCCAGUUGAAUCAGUACUUCAGUAAGACAGCCUUCUUUAAGUGUGCCCUCCACAGUGUCUACAGCUCUGUAGUGCUGUUCUUCAUCCCCUACGCUGCCAUGUACGACACGGUCCGAGACGACGGGCGAGACAUUGCUGACUACCAGUCCUUCGCCCUGCUGGCCCAGACCUGUCUGGUCAUCACCGUCUGUAUACAGCUGUGUCUGGACAUGUCCUACUGGACAGCGGUCAACCAGUUCUUUGUGUGGGGGAGUCUGGCCAUGUACUUUGUUGUCACCUUCAGCAUGUACAGUAAUGGCACGCAUAUCACCUUCCCUGCAUCCUUCCCCUUCAUCGGCACAGCCAGGAACUCCCUGAACCAGCCCAAUGUGUGGCUGACCAUCCUGCUUACCUCCAUCCUCUGUGUACUUCCUGUGGUUGCCUACCGCUUCCUGUUGAUACAGCUCCGCCCCACUAUCAACGACAAGGUGAUGUUCAAGGUGAGACAGGCCAAGGCCACGCCCCCUCUCCCAGCACGACGAGCCAGGAUGCGGCGUACCAGCUCCCGCCGCUCUGGAUACGCCUUCUCGCACGCACAGGGCUACGGGGACCUGGUGACGUCCAACCAUUUCCUGCGCCGUCCCGCCAUCACGCGCUCCACCACUUUCACCCCUCUGGGGCGCACCACGGGGUUCAGCCCCAUGGGCCGCUCGGCAGGAUACAGCCCCACUGGGAACGCUCUGAACUCCAGACCACAGGAGGUGGAGGUGACAUCACUACAGAUGUACCGGAUGGUGCAAGACUCCGCCUUCUGAAGUACUGCACAGUGCGAGAUCCCGCCUUCUGACGAACUGCACAGUGCGAGACCCCGCCUUCUGAAGUACUGCACAGUGCGAGACCCCGCCUUCUGACGAACUGCACAGUGCGAGACCCCGCCUUCUGACGAACUGCACAGUGCGAGACCCCGCCUUCUGAAGUACUGCACAGUGCGAGACCCCGCCUUCUGAAGAACUGCACAGUGCGAGACCCCUCCUUCUGAGGGAAGAGAGGAAGAGGAUGUGGAGGAGUUGUUGUUUACAGAGGACCAAAUCAGUGGGUGUGAUAUGUAAAAAAUAUAUAUCCUAAACAUUGACACAUACUGUAACUGUACACACACAAAUCUCUAUGACGACUGACUUGUCGUAGCGUUCCAAAGACAGGCCCUCGUAUCUGAUUGGUCACACUCUCUCCCCCCCCGCUUCAUUGCCUCUCCUGUUCCAAUCAAUGGCCUUGUAUUCCAUCAGGACUGUUGUCAUGGGGAAACAGAACUCUCCUGUUCCAAUCAAUGGCCUUGUGUUCCAUCAGGACUGUUGUCAUGGGGAAACAAACCUCUCCUGUUCCAAUCAAUGGCCUUGUGUUCCAUCAGGACUGUUGUCAUGGGGAAACAAACCUCUCCUGUUCCAAUCAAUGGCCUUGUGUUCCAUCAGGACUGUUGUCAUGGGGAAACAAACCUCUCCUGUUCCAAUCAAUGGCCUUGUAUUCCAUCAGGACUGUUGUCAUGGGGAAACAAACCUCUCCUGUUCCAAUCAAUGGCCUUGUGUUCCAUCAGGACUGUUGUCAUGGGGAAACAAACCUCUCCUGUUCCAAUCAAUGGCCUUGUGUUCCAUCAGGACUGUUGUCAUGGGGAAACAAACCUCUCCUGUUCCAAUCAAUGGCCUUGUGUUCCAUCAGGACUGUUGUCAUGGGGAAACAAACCUCUCCUGUUCCAAUCAAUGGCCUUGUGUUCCAUCAGGACUGUUGUCAUGGGGAAACAAACCUCUCCUGUUCCAAUCAAUGGCCCUGUGUUCCAUCAGGACUGUGGUCAUGGGGAAACAAACCUCUACAGGUCAACUGUAUGCUAUAUUGUCUGUCAACUGAGGAUAAACUAUUACACUAUACUACAGUAUGACUCAGUGCUGUGACACCAUAGGAUCGUAUGACUCUGUACUCAGUGCUGUGACACCAUAGGAUCGUAUGACUCUGUACUCAGUGCUGUGACACCAUAGGAUCGUAUGACUCUGUACUCAGUGCUGUGACACCAUAGGAUCGUAUGACUCUGUACUCAGUGCUGUGACACCAUAGGAUCGUAUGACUCUGUACUCAGUGCUGUGACACCAUAGGAUAGUAUGACUCUGUACUCAGUGCUGUGACACCAUAGGAUAGUAUGACUCUGUACUCAGUGCUGUGACACCAUAGGAUCGUAUGACUCUGUACUCAGUGCUGUGACACCAUAGGAUCGUAUGACUCUGUACUCAGUGCUGUGACACCAUAGGAUAGUAUGACUCUGUACUCAGUGCUGUGACACCAUAGGAACAUUAAGACAUUAAAACAUUAAGAACACCUUAAAAAUAUUGAGUCACCCCCCCCAUGUUGACUCCAUUGCUUCCCACAGUUGUGUCAAAUUGACUGGAUGUCCUUUGGUUGGUGGACCAUUCUUGAUACACAUGGGAAAAUGUUGAGCAUGAAAAACCCAGCAGCGUUGCAGUUCUUGACACAAACAGAUGCACCUGGCACAUACUACCAUACCCUGUUCAAAGGCACUUAAAUAUUUUGUCUUGCCCAAUCACCCUUUGAAAGACACACACACACACACAAUCCAUCUCAAUUGUCUCAAGGCUUAAAAAUCCUUCUUUAACCCGUCUUCUCCCCUUCAUCUACACUGAUUGAAUUGACGUCAAUAAGGGAUCAUAGCUUUCACUUGGAUUCACCCGGUCAGUCUGUGUCAUGGAAAUAGCAGGUGUUCUUAAUGUUUUGUCCACUCAGUGUAUACUAAAGUAUGACUUUGUACUGUGACGCCAUAGGAACGCACUAAACCAAAGACCAGACCAAACCUCUCAGAGUCGUGGGCUUUAUUCCUUCUUCUAUCCUCACCAGCAACAAGCCCUCUCUUCUCCCACUGUGAUAAUACCAGUCUACAAUCACACAGGUGUAGAGAUGUACUGUACACUCCAACACUAACCAUGGAGGGAGUUGGUAAGAUGUAUACCUUUCCUGUCUCUGGUCCACACUCCAUUGCAGUUGGUGGCGGUAAUGCACCUUAAUGUUGGUUGCCAACCGUCAUACAAAAUCCACAGAAGAAGAUUGUGGGAGGUAAGAUGGAGGCUAUCACCAGCAAAAUCCUGAUUGUAUGGACAAGUGAUUUUGCCCUUUACACCAUGGAAUGUAUUUUUUUGUAUAUAUAUAUAUAUACACAUUUAGCACAUCUCACUAUGGACUUGAUCCAGUGAUGUUAGACAUUUUUUACAUUUUUUUAUAGAGGAAAUAGAAGAGCUAUCUUCUGUUCAGUGUUUUUCAUCCAAGGGCUGAAUACAUUUUCAUCCUGAAUGGGAUAGUGAAAGGGUUAGCAUGCUAUCCAUUAGCCUGUGGACCACCUCAUCCUGAAUGAGAUAGUAUCAUGGUUAGCACGCUAGCCAUUAGCCUGUGGAGCAGCUACAUCUCAAUGGGAGAGUGACAUGGUUAGCAUGCUAGCCGUUAGCCUGUGGAGCGGCUAUAUCUCAAUGGGAGAGUGACAUGGUUAGCACGCUAGCCGUUAGCCUGUGGAGCAGCUAUAUCUCAAUGGGAGAGUAACAUGGUUAGCAUGCUAGCCGUUAGCCUGUGGAGCAGCUAUAUCUCAAUGGGAGAGUGACAUGGUUGUCAUGCUAGCUGUUAGCCUGUGGAGUGGCUAUAUCUCAAUGGGCGAGUGACAUGGUUAGCAUGCUAGCCGUUAGCCUGUGGAGCAGCUAUAUCUCAAUGGGAGAGUGACAUGGUUGGCAUGCUAGCUGUUAGCCUGUGGAGCGGCUAUAUCUCAAUGGGCGAGUGACAUGGUUAGCAUGCUAUCUGUUAGCCUGUUUAGUGGCUGUACUUGAUGUCGGUCCGGUCGGUGCUAUAGUAAAGUGUUACCCCAGUGGGCAUACACUGGUUGAAUCAACAUUGUGUCAAUGUCAUUUGUCAACAUAUCGUGACGUGGAAUCUACGUAGAAAACACAUAUUAUAUUUUGAAUACGUCCCCAACUAGUACUUAAAUACUAUGACUUAACCUGACUAACAGGUUGUUUCCUUAAUCUAAUAAUCAUCAUCACUUUAUACUUAGAACUAGCGUAAAAGAUUACAGGUAGAUAUGUUUGUUAUCCUAUAGACUAUAUAUUGGGUGGUUGAAAUUGUUUAAUUUCAUAUUUGAUUAGACAUAUUUGACCUGGUUUCAAUGUUGAUAGUUAAAUGGUAUAUUUGAAUCAACAUCAUUGUUUUAAUGCAACCUAAAUAAAGCGGUAUAUUGAAAUAAAAAGUGAAGCCACAGUCCAACAAUUCUUGCCUGAACAGCGACUCCUACUGGUAUACGAGGGGUACUACACUUCAGUGAGAACAAGUCUAGCUUCCAAGGGACUACCUCUAUGUACCCUGCUUCGUUUUGGAAACCAGCUGUGUUCGUUUCAACUGAGCUAUCACGUCAACACAUGUAUACAUUGAUCAGCUUCCAUACUCAUUUGCGUAGACAACCUAAAUAACAUUGGAAAGUUGAAAGUAACUUUUUCUGACACAAUCUGUAUGUUUACAUUUGAGUAAUAUAACAGACUCUCUUAUCCAGAGCAAUUUACAGCAGUGAGUGCAAACAUUUUUGUGCAUGUACAGUUGCAUUCAGGAAAGUAUUCAGACCCCUUGACUUUUUCCACAUUUUGUUACGUCAAAGCCUUGUUCUAAAAUUGAUCAAAUCAAUGUUUUCCUCAUCAAUCUACACAAAAUACCAUGUAAUGACAAAGAGGAAUAAUGUAUUUUUAAAUGUUUGCAAAUGUAUUAAAAAUAAUGCAAAUGG